CACAUUGUGUCAUUACCAACACUGCACAGCAUGCAGGAACUCAUGUUGUGCAGGACACCUACAAAGCUGGUGCAGCUAAUCAUGACCGACGGAAGUAAAACCGUGUGCUGCCAUUAAGUUUCACUUUAUUGUCGUGUUUUGCAUGUGACACUUCACAGUUACAACAUGAGCACUGAUUAUCCCAAAAGUCAGGUCUUAGAGGUUUCGUUGCCCGUGUUAUGGGAGCUGCUUCGUCCAUGCUGUUGUGGCUAAUGAUGACCUUAUCUUGUCUAAUGACACACCUCUUCAUUCCCUUACUGCCACUCUUCUUCUCCACCAAUCACAUCCUUUGGCUUCAGAAUGAGGAGGAUUUGAGGAUGAAGACCCCUAUUUAUCAGCUCAACACUUCCCACUCAAACAGCGAUAACGUUCAGCUCUUGCACCUCUGAUUGGUUAGAAGGUUCUAUUUUUUUGGGGGUCUUUUCCAGCAUUGCACAUCAUCUGUGUUGAAAAGCGCAUCAGGGAAUAUAAGAGGAGGAUUCUUCUGUUUGCUGUUUGAAGUGGAGAUGCUCGGCUCUCAGGUGCAGGUACUUCUGGUGGCUUUGUCUUCCUCUGUGCUGCUGGUGCAGGUCAGCGGUGCUCCACGCAGAGACAUGCAGACAGAAAUACUGAGAACAGACUUCGCAAACGACAAGGAUCUCGCUCACUUGCUCUUGCUGAAGUUUGUGUCUGAACUGAUGGCAGCGAGAGUAGACCAGAUGCUCCCCGGGCUGGAGGAGGAGGAAGAGGUGGGAGUCAGGGAGGAGGUGAUGCGCCGACACCUUCCCCUCUCCCAAAGGGAGCGCAAGGCAGGCUGCCGCAACUUCUUCUGGAAGACGUUCACCUCGUGUUAACACACGACGGGAGCCUUUCAAGCUGGAGUAUUUUUUUUGUUUUUAACUGCACUUUACUCCAUGUUUGCCCACUUUGUCGUAACUGCGUCAUUUACUGCAAGAUGCCAAAUAUACGGUUGUUUUUGGUAAUUGUAAACAAUAAUAAGAUUGUAUAUUUUAAGAUUGGUGACUAAAAUACUACUAAAAUAAUACUUUUUCAAGUUACAUGAUUUUUUUCUCUUUGUAUGUGUUAAAGUGGUAUUCCCGAGAUUUAUUAUUGCAUUUGAAUGAAGUUUGGAGAUUUACAAGAAACAAUUUCAACAAGAAUCAUCAAAGUGGAAGCAGCACAGA